AUGGAAAAUAAACAUGUGUUUCACUUGAAGUUUGGAAAUAAAGCAUCAGCUGGAAAGAUGCAUUUGAAGAAUAGUGAUAUAGAUCAAUGGCGAAAGCGGGUGGAAAAAGCCUCAGAGUUUGCUGUGUCUGAGGUUAUUUCCCACAAAAAACCACAUUUAGGCUCAACUGACCUGGCCAUGCCCCUGCAAAGCUCUGCCCAGUUAAAGGAUCAUGACGAUGCUUACAUUGAAGCUCAGGCACUUUUAGGGGAUUGGCUGCACAAUAAAUUGCGUUCGGAGCUAGAGAUGGAUGAAGAUGACCCAAUCUUUCCUGCUGAGAAAAGCAGUCCUACUACUUUGGAUUUGUGUACACCAAGUCUUCCUAACUACACCAACUUUAAUGAUUUGUAUAGCAGUUUGGUAAAAGAGGAGGACAGCAGCACCACAAACUUCUUUUUACAAGAACUAAUGGAACAAGAAGUGAUCAACUCUGCAAUGAGGGAACAAUUAGCUUUGGAUGUUGGACAGAUAAGAAAGAAGUUCAGAAACCCAGCCAUUACAAUAGAAGCACGACACAAGCAGGUGCAUGAGAACAGGGCUCGACGAGAGGCUGAGAAACAAAGGCAGCAGAGAGAGCGAGAGUCUCUGCAGGAGGCCAAGGAAGAGGCCAGGCGAAGGGCGAGAGAGAUGGAGCAGAAGAGGAGGCACCAGGCAAGCCUACAGGAGCACAUGCUUCAGCAGGAGAUGGUUGGGCUGCGACGGCAAAUGGAGGAGAGGAAGAACAUUGCACAGCUGGCUCGACAGAGAGAAAGAAAGAAUGCAGAGAGAGCAGUGGCCAAAAAUGAACAAAGUGCCCCUCAAAUUCCUCCAGUGUGUCAGAAAAUACACCUGCAACAAGUAGAAGAACAGGUUCAGACACUGCUCUACAUAAACAACAUGAAGUGUCUGCAGAGGCAUUUCACUGGCUGGUUUUCAGUCGUGCUGAACCAAAGGAUUCGCAUGGGCAAGGCCAAGACUGUGUGUGAGUGGAGGAGAAAGCUGAGAGUGUGGCGGGCUUGGCGUGCACAUGUGUUACUGAAACAACAGCAGCGAGAGAUGGAGAGAACCAAAGAGACAUUACGGGCAGAGAACAGACUCUACCUUCUGGCCGUGCAAAGUGACAAGAGGCGGUUGCUGCAGCGUUUCCUGAAUGAGUGGCAGGUAUGGGCUCAGAUGGAGAAGGAACAACAGAAGCUUCUAAACCAGCAGCAGGAAACUCGCCGUAAGAUGACCGCCUUAAUCAGCGCAGCCACAAGUGGUAAACUCUGGGCUACACAAAACCCACCCGUUCUGGCAGCGAAGCCUCCAACAGAACCAGCCUUGGAAACUCAAGCUGAGCACAAGGAAUCCCACCAAAGUGAACACUCUGCAGCUUCUGAUACUCGUCUAGUAUCUCAGAAGAAAAACCCAGGGGCCGACAUGGCUCCUGUGACCCUGCCCACUGAGCCUUGGCAGAUAAGUCGUCAGCAUGUGGCCCCCACUCGAGCCGAGAUCCAAAGGGCACUGCACAAAGACAGGGAUUCAUCUUGUGUGAAAACCUUCACUACACCUGGAGCCCGCUUUGAGCACAGACACACCACACAACAACAGAUCAUCUCCCAGCAGAGGAAACUGCUCAAAGAACAGCAAGAGCAAAUCAUACAACUGAAAAAGGACCAACAUGUGAUGGGCUUAGAGCUGGACGUGCAGAAGACAGCUCAGCUCCUACAGAAAACAAGUGCAUCGGAUACUAGGCCGAGGAGCCUCAAGCCUGAGUCCAGAGGCCAAAGGGCACCAGAGGUUAGUGGACAGCCUGGCUCUCUCUGUGACCCACAAAAGAGAACUGUCACUCAGCAGACUUGUUCUCAUCCAAUCAUUGCUGCUAUGGAGGCACGAGCGCAUGAGCGGGCAGAGCGGAGGAAACAAGUCGAAGAAAUCAAGAGAAGGAAAGAAGAUGAAAAGUUGGCUCAAAUGAAAGCAGAAAAAGAGCAGCAGCUGCUGGAAGAGGAAGAGGAGAAACGCAGAGCGAUAGAGAGGAGGAGAGAGGAGAAGAGACUGGAAAGAGAGAGGGAAGAGGAGAAACAGAAGCAGCUCAGAAGACGACAAGAGCUCAUGUCUCUGGCCCGUCAACACUUCCAUCAAACCCUCCUACGGCGACGCGGAUUGGCUCCAUGGAAGCGCCUGGUUGAGCUGGCACAGGCCAACAUGCAGCUGGCCCAGAGUCACCGCAAUCUAUUCCUCCUGAGGCAGUGCACACUCAGCUGGCAUCACGCGACACGGGAGUCCCUGUCUGAGAAAGAAGCUGCUGCUGAUCAACUACACCAGCACUUUUUGCUCCAAAGAAGCUUAGGCAAUUGGAAAAAAUUAAUGGAUUGGCAAAUGGUCCAGAAGGAGAGAGCAAAGCAUUUCUACCGUGUGCGCACACUCAAGAGGGUCCUGAAGGCUCUGCUACAUGUUGUGAGUCAGGAGAGGCUGCUGGAGUGGGACCGUCAGGAGCUGGCUGAGAAACACAAUAGCAGACGGGUGUUACAGCGAUGGUUCCUGGCCUGGAGGCAGCUCCCUGUCCUGCUGCGGAGAGAAAGGGAGAGGGACCAGCGACUGGAAAAGUUGAGGCGCAAAGUAGUUGAGGUUCUUCCUGAUUUCUGCACCCGGCAAUCGCAAAGCAUGACUAUCGUGUCUGAUUGA